AUGGACUACAUCAGGUCUCCAUCCAGAACAGCGUUGCACAUCUUCGUAUGGCUUCUUGUACUACUCGCGAAGCAGGGCAUAAAUCCGCAGCAUACGGUAGACCGCUCAGACAUGGAAGCGGAAGACCAGCCAUCAGAAACUUCUCCAUGCUGCUUUGAAACUGCUAUGCAGGUCGAAGUAUGCCUAUUAGCGGAAGACACCAUGACGGUUCUCGUACGCCGGAUAAUGCAAUGCUUGACCGAUGCCGCUCAGUUCGGGUACUCGGAAGUGAAACAUCAACUUAUCCUCAAGCUGUCGUGUGGAAGGUGUGCCUCGGAACAAAGUCCGCAAGCCUGGACUCCACUCUGA